UUAGGGUUGGAGAUAAAGCCCGGCGUGGAGUUUAACCUGGAUCUUCCACAUUGUUGUAUAUAAGGAAGGGACUCGCCACUUGCGCAGGAAUUGGCUCGCUGCUGUCUGAGAGACCAACAUGAGAACCUUCGUAGUGUCUAUGUGCCUUCUGGCUCUCGGCUGCCUGGCUCAGAGGCCCCGUCCAUGCAGAAGCCCUCCCCUGUUGACGGGAGCCCUCACUGUGUCCACUCAGAAUGAAAGGCUGUGGGCCUACGCCAAGUACAUGUACGACGCACUGGGACAGCGUAUACGCCUCAAGGAGAUAGGCAACUUCGACAACAAGACCUUCACCUACGACGCUCUUCUGCUCUACAGAGAGGGCGUCAUGUAUCAGAUUGAUGAAAACAAACGUCGCUGCAGUAAGCAGGCCAUUAUGGGAGACUUCCACCCAAUGGCCAUCCCAAAGAACGCUUCUCUGGUGGGCCAGGUUGUUUUAGGCAGCUCCUCGGCACCCGGACAGGGACUCCUCGUCAACAGCUGGUCGGGCAGCCUGCCCAAUAAAGGCAGUUACAUCACCACAGUCACCGAGUUUGGGUGCAUUCCCGUCACUACGUACUACCACAGCAGUGAUUUCGGAUGGGUCGUGACCAGGUACGUCCACACUGACAUAAGAAACCUGACAGGCCUGCGGUGCCACAGAGUCACACUCCGUCCCAGCAAAACAUAAAUGGCGCAGAGGUCUUUAUCAACGUACGGGUGUAAUAAAUCAUUACUUUUAUCUCCAACCUUAUCCUUUGCUAGCCUUUUCAACAACGUCAUUGGGAUCUCUGACCCCGGGCAGCUGAUCCCCCCGGACUACUGCAAGGGGGUGGAGAUGACGGAGGCGGCUGAAGGACGACCGGCUAACUUCUUCAGCUUGUUCCAGAAGAUCCCGUGAGGGUCGCCGCUCAACUACGGCUUGAAUCUGACACCGUCGUAACGGGUCUCGGUAAUCCUGCUUGUGCCGGAGUAAUUUGACAGUUUCCUUAGGGGGCUGUUAAAGGAAACGGGACUAAUGGCUCCUUGUUUUUAUACGUAGGGCAUCAUUACAUGUAGCCCUGUUGUGAAAAUGUGUGAUUGUGUCGUCCUGUGCUGUGGCUUAUCUCUGACAAUGUUGGGCUGAAAUUUAUGAACACCCACAAUUGCCAUCUGAACGUGAAUGUACGAACGAAUGUAGAAAACAUUGAAAAUCAAUAUUCAAGCAUCUUGUUACACUGGAAAUCUCGACUCAAAGGCACUUCUUUUUUUUUUGGCCUUAAAUUAAAGCAGUGAAUACGAUAUUGGUUUUGUCUGCAAUAAAGUCGCUAAAUCUC